CGCAAACAUUUAUUCUGUGCAGGGUACUGUACUAGGCAGUGGGGGAAAUACAGUUAGCAAAUAUGUCUCCCCUUUCCUCCCCUUUCUACCCAAUAUAUGAAGUUGUUUUUGUCGUUUUGUGGUCUUAUCGGCACUUGUCUCUUAAUUUCGAUUUUAUACACAGUUUUGCUCUCCCUUCCUCUUUUCCAGAUACAGCGAGGAAGAUGAGAGCGGAGUAAGCGGGCAGACAUCCCCUUCCCCAGCUCUCCCUCCUCUCCACCAUGAGCCACGUGGAAGGACCGCCCGAUGCGGAGGUGAUCGAUGAGCCAGGGAGUGGAGAAUUGGGAGAAGUGAACGAAUCCGUGGAGGCCGACCUGGAGCACCCCGAGGUGGAGGAGGAGCAGCGGCCGCAGUCGCAGCCCCAGCAUGCAGCCCCCUACCCUCGCGGCCCCCAGCCCGUCCAGGGGCCGGAGGAGGAGGACCGAGGGGGCUCGCUGGCCCGCUCGGCCAGCACGGAGAGCGGCUUCCACAACCACACGGACACGGCCGAAGGGGACGUGAUCGCCGCGUCGAGUGAGGACGGCUACGACCCCGAGCGGGGCCAGGAGAACGAGGACGAGAGCGCCUACGCCGUGCAGUACCGGCCCGAGGCCGAGGAGUACACGGAGAACGCCGAGGCCGAGCACGCCGAGGCCGCCCAUCGCCGGAGCCUGCCCAACCACCUGCACUUCCACUCGCUGGAGCACGAGGAGGCCAUGAACGCCGCCUACUCGGGCUACGUCUACACGCACCGGCUCUUCCACCGCGGCGAAGACGAGCCCUAUGCGGAGCCCUACGCGGACUACGCGGGGCUGCAGGAGCACGUGUACGAGGAGAUCGGGGACACGGCCGAGCUGGACGGCCGCGACGGCCUGAGGCUGUACGAGCAGGAGCGCGAGGAGGCGGACAACUACCGCAAAGAGGCGCUUGGGGCGCGCCUCCACCACUAUGACGAGCGCUCCGACGGCGAGUCCGACAGCCCCGAGAAGGAAGCGGAAUUCGCCCCCUACCCGCGCAUGGACAGCUACGAGCAGGAGGAGGACAUCGACCAGAUUGUGGCCGAGGUCAAGCAGAGUAUGAGCUCCCAGAGCCUCGAUAAAGCCUCCGAGGACAUGCCCGAGGCCGAGCAGAACUUGGACAGGGCGCCCAGCCCAGACGGCGGCUGCGGCGACGCAGGGGAGCAGGGGAGCCUUGGGCAGCCCGCCACGGUAGGGCCCCGGCCGGCCGUCCAGGCAGGUGAACCAGGGCAGCAGCGCUACAGCAAGGAGAAGAGGGAUGCCAUCUCACUGGCCAUCAAGGACAUUAAGGAAGCCAUCGAGGAGGUGAAAACCAGGACCGUCCGUUCGCCUUAUACUCCAGAUGAGCCAAAAGAGCCCAUUUGGGUCAUGCGGCAGGACAUCAGCCCGACCAGGGACUGUGAUGACCAGAGGCCGGCAGACGGAGAUUCUCCAUCUCCUGAUUCUUCCUCUCCCCGGGGUGCUGAAUCGUCGAGCAGACAGCAUCAGCAAGAUGACCUAGGAGAAUCCUCCAGUAACAAAGAGUCAAGGAAAAGCUUGGCUUCAUUCCCAACGUACGUUGAAGUUCCAGGACCCUGUGAUCCCGAAGACUUGAUCGAUGGCAUCAUUUUUGCAGCCAAUUACCUUGGCUCCACCCAGCUGCUUUCUGACAAAACCCCCUCCAAGAAUGUUCGAAUGAUGCAGGCACAGGAAGCCGUAAGCAGAAUCAAGAUGGCCCAGAAAUUAGCCAAAAGCAGGAAGAAGGCUCCUGAAGGAGAAUCUCAGCCCAUGACAGAAGUGGAUCUCUUCAUCUCUACCCAGAGAAUAAAAGUCUUGAAUGCAGAUACACAGGAAACAAUGAUGGACCACCCUCUGAGGACCAUUUCCUAUAUCGCAGACAUAGGGAAUAUUGUUGUGCUGAUGGCCCGCAGGCGGAUGCCCCGCUCCAACUCGCAGGAUAACGUGGAAGCCUCUCAUCCAUCCCAGGAUGGGAAAAGACAAUACAAAAUGAUCUGCCAUGUCUUCGAAUCUGAGGAUGCCCAGCUGAUUGCACAGUCCAUUGGUCAAGCCUUUAGCGUGGCCUACCAGGAAUUCCUCAGGGCAAACGGAAUCAACCCGGAAGAUCUUAGCCAGAAGGAAUACAGCGACCUACUCAACACCCAAGACAUGUACAACGAUGACUUGAUUCACUUCUCCAAGUCCGAAAAUUGCAAAGAUGUUUUUAUAGAGAAGCAAAAGGGUGAAAUCCUGGGUGUGGUGAUUGUGGAGUCUGGCUGGGGAUCCAUCUUGCCAACAGUGAUCAUAGCCAACAUGAUGCAUGGAGGACCAGCAGAGAAAUCAGGAAAACUAAAUAUCGGGGACCAAAUCAUGUCGAUUAAUGGCACCAGCCUUGUUGGCCUCCCUCUUUCCACUUGUCAGAGCAUUAUUAAGGGUUUAAAGAAUCAGGCUCGAGUGAAGCUGAACAUUGUGAGAUGCCCCCCAGUCACCACUGUGUUGAUCAGAAGACCAGACCUCCGAUACCAGCUGGGUUUUAGUGUCCAGAAUGGAAUCAUCUGCAGCCUCAUGCGAGGAGGGAUAGCAGAGCGAGGUGGAGUCCGCGUGGGACAUCGAAUCAUCGAAAUCAACGGACAGAGUGUUGUAGCCACCCCCCACGAGAAGAUUGUUCACAUUCUCUCCAACGCCGUGGGGGAGAUUCACAUGAAAACAAUGCCAGCCGCCAUGUACAGAUUGUUGACGGCACAAGAACAGCCUGUUUACAUCUGAGACCCAUGCUUCUCACCUUCAUAACAUGCAUGAGGGCGCCUCCUCACUAGUGGCUGCGUUUCCAGUGAUGCGUAUUUGUGACCAUGGAAUCGUUUUGUUUGCACUCUCUCUCACACACAACGUUUUGUCAUGCACCAGAAGAAAAGUAUCCACGAGGACCCCUUUUUUCUCCCUUGCUCCAUCUUUUCCACAACCAGUCCCCAUCCCCAAAUACAAGUGAUGUUUUAAUGCGUGUAGCUCCUUGCUGAAGGGAGAGCUGCCCAGAUCUUCCCAGCAAACUUACCUGGAAAUGAAUCUUGUGGAAAGUUUGUCCUUGGCAUUUUCAGUAUGCCUGGCAUCCUGGAAGGGGUGGAGAACAGAAGGGAGAACUAGCUUUCCUGUGGAGUCCAGACCUCAAAGAAAGAUUUAUCAAAUGGGGUAAUGGUGGGAGCUGAAAAUUCCAGUGGCUAAAUGUUCUUUGGUUCUCUUGUUCUCUCCUUGGUGUACAUAUGUUGGGACAAGAUGGGGUAUAGGGAACCAACCAAGAUAUCUAAAGAUUUGGAUUGACCAAAGUAGAUUGAGGGCUUAACUCUCUUCGCUAUUUCCUCACAGAAUUCCUGAGCAGGUUUCAAACAUAUUCCAUGUUUGGUCUUUAAUUUGCAAUAUGUUUAUUUACUCUAAAUAUAGACAUUAAAAGGCCACUGGCAUUUAAAUAAAGAGGGAGGGGAGGGACCAGUGACAUUUUGAAAAUGGUUAUAAUGGCCUUCAGAUAGCUUUGAGGCUAGUCAGGCCCACUAAGCUUACAUAGGGUCCUCCCACGUCACUAGCUAGUGAAUACCAAAAGGGGCCAUGUGCGGCCUUUCUAUUACACUCCAUUUCAUCCAUCCCAUUCCACCAGGGUUGUAAGCUUAAACUCUAGGUCCCCAGGCACCGUUUGUCAAGGGCCCACACCCCUCCUAGAACAUCUUUAUCAUGUAACUCUGUUCCUGGUCCCUACAGGGGCUGCACAGGUUGAAAUUCCAACUUCAUUCUGUCCUUUGGGCUUUUUGCCUCCUUUUAGCUGAGGUACUUCCUAGUUUUCACACUCCCAAGUAACUUUUCCCUAGCAUUUUGACAGAGCUCUCCAAGAUUCAGUGAAUUGAAGCUGCUUCCCUAGCUAGCUUAAAGACAGGGAUCCAGAAACUUACUCUUUGGUUACCCAGGAGACCAUCACUCUCUUUCCUUCCCAAGUUUUAAGUUCCUCUGGUCCAUAGCCUGAAGCAAGCUUCUCUUCUCCUUGGGACCAACAAGACAUACAUGUUCUCUAUGCAGCAAAAGUGAUCAUGGAGGGAACCCUAUGGCCCUGGCUAUUAAUUUCUAAGCUUCAUCUCCCAGCUUUGUGGAUCUUGAGAGAGAGAGUUGACCUGGUGUUGAAUGUCCUUCAUGUGAUUCAGGUGCCUCAUAUUUAUGGACUCUUAGUUCAGCAAAGGCGUCUCAGUAAUACUGUUAUUCUGAGCCAGUUUUUACAUAUUCUUGGUCCAAAGAAUAUUUUUGAUUUCAUGUGGGGUGUAGUUUUGAUUCUUUUGUUUUUUUUUUGUCUUUUGGGGUUUUUUGUCUUACUUUGUUUGUGACCUCAGUGGAAUCAGGGGAAGAAAAACUAAUAUAUUUUUAAUAUUAAUAUAAAACCCCUUGUCCUCUGCUUUUAAGAUAUUUAUUCAUUAUGUCUGCUGACAUAGGAAUUCAGUGAGCAUACUGUGGGUAGUGGUUAUUUAUUACAUUGGAGAAAGAAGGGAAAGGAAUAAAAAUAAAGAUAAGAACCAAAAACCAGGCCCACAUCUCCACCAGGAGGAGAAGUUACUUCAGAAUGUCUAAUCUACUUUUCUUUAGGGUUCUAUCAUUGCAGUUUCUUUCUAAAAAAAAACAGGGGAAUCCCAUAUCUUGAAAUUUUCAAAAGCUGAGUCUUCAAUUUUAGAGCACACGCUUGAUGGGGAGAUGAAGCCAGGCAGAUCAAGAUAACACCCUUGGGGAAGAGAUGUGCCCUUCCCCAAGGUUAAUGCUUAAGUAAGCUGUAGGAGUCCUGAAGCCACUUCCUAGAAUUUAUACCGAAAGCCGGCUUUAGGCUGAAUUAUGAAGUAUCAAAAGUUGGUCUUCAUCGCCUUUCGUAGGCGCACCAUUCCUUGUCUUGCUAACACAGCUGUCCUGUGAGGGAAGCAUUUCUUGCUAAGGUGUUAAGCUCGGGCAUCAGCAUGCAGUAGUAUCAAAGCUUGGAGUCAGGAAAGAACAAGGGUUGUCACAGUCCCCCAGACAGCUAGGAGAGUUGCUCAUCUAUAUCGGUGAAGAGUUUUCCAUGCUGGAAGUUUCUUCCUCUGAUGAAAUCACAGGUGUGGCCCUCCUCACUAUUCCUCCACAAUGGGGUUAGGGAUUUAAUAUGUUAACUUUGGGAAAUAAUCGACAUUUAAAUGAGAAAGACACCUUAAUUUAAAAGGAAUGAAUGGAUAAUGAUAGAAUUUAAAGGUGGUGGUUUUUUGUAGGGGAACGACAUUUCCUGAACUUCACUCCAAGUACAUCAUGAUAGGUAGGACCCUCUUUGUGUGAGGCCUGUCUUAGCCUAAAAUCCUCCUUAUUUGUUACUACUAGAGUGAAUUCUGACUUUGGCUUUUGAUGGUGCUUAAAUAAAGAUUCUCCUGUCCCCUCACACACCUCCCCACCUCCAACUCUCUCACCCCAACUGCUAGAACAAUGCCUUCCCCAGGAUUGACACUCCCUGAAUGUUUCAAGGGAGGAAGGGGAGAUUCCAAGAAAGGGGUGAAAAAGAAUGUAUUUUCUGCUUUUACCACUGAUAAAAUCCUGGACAAGUUUAAGAAAAGAAACAGAAAUAGCAAAUUCAGAAAGCAAGUAGAUCCAAUAUAUACAUAUAUAUAUGUAUAUAUAUAUAUAUGUAUAUAUAUAUAUAUAUAUAUAUAUAUAUAUAUAUAUAUAUAUAUAUAUUUUAGCACAAGAUUAAAAUUGACUUAAUGCCCCACCAUCCACAUUAAGUAAAAAUAGUCCCCUGCUGCAGGAUUUUGAACGCUACAACACUAGCACUGAUGAUCACAGGUGAAGUAUUUUCUGGCCACCACUGGGCAGAAGCUGCAAUGAUUCAGGAGUAGGAGUUUUCUUAAUGUUAGCAACUUAGUUUAUAAAGAUCACGUUUUUUUAAAAAAAAAAGUUUUUCUUAACAUCCCUAUAUAUAGUAAUAUAUGUAAAUAUGAUAAAUACCGUGUAUAAUUGAGAAGACUAUGUACAGAGCAGCCUUUCCGUAAGUUGCCUGAGUGAAAAGCUACUACUCCACGCGGGGUUAAAGCGUGCUGGUGACUAAUGUCAGGUAUCAACCCCCAUUUUUAUUUACCUCUUUUUCAUUCUGUGAGACGACAAUAGUCCAGCUCUCUUUCUUCAAUGUGAGGGUUGCAAGGAGCCACCCAGGGGCCCCUGGGAGUUUGGGACAGGGAAGACCACCCUCCGCCUAAACUACCCAGGAGCCAGAGCUCACUUUCCCCAAUAAUAAUUGCCACUGCCCACCAGGGUGGACUUAGCAGGAAGAAACUGGAUGCACAGAAGGGCUGGGUGACGUUUAAUAGAAAUGAGAAACAGCAACAUGCAGAAGGUAAGUCACAUUUUCCAUAAGCAUAGGUCCCACAAAGGCCCCAGAAUAAAUUGCUACCUCCCCUUUCUUCCUUCUCCUAUUCUAUACACACACACACACACGCAUGCAUGCACAUGUACAUGCCCAAUACACGAACACAUGCGCAUUUCCCACAGUCUGUCAGAUUAAAACAAAACACCUAUUUGUCCCUUCACCGGAGGUUUUGACACAGUUACAUAGCUGUUGUCAGUGUUUACAUAUAAGGGACCACCUCGACUCUGCCUCCGUUUCCUUCACAGGUUUGAGGAAAAAAAAAUCCAUUCAUUGGUUUGAAUCGCAUCCAUUGUCAAAUCUUUGAUUUGGGUUUCCUUGAGUGCAGGGCUCUUUAAUUUAUGCUUUCCUGAGUCUUGGCAGUGUCUGAAGAUGAUGGUGUGGGUGUGAGGUUUCUUGUACAUACUUAGCACAGUACCUAGACUAUGAGGUUGUAGUCUUGUUCUGUAAAGAAGGUGAGAUAGAACUUACUGUAAAGCGUGGGGAGAAGUACGGUAUUGUAUUUGUAAUUAUCGUUUUCUUUGUAUACACUAAACUUAAUGAUCUCUAUAUAUAAAAUAUAAAUAUAUAUAUAAAUAAAUAUAUAUAUAAAUAUAUAUAUAUAAAUAUAAAAUAUGUGUGUGAGCCUGGAAUGUUGAUGAUACUGCACAUCCAUUGAAUGUAAUUCCUCUGACGUUUUCGGUCACAGGUCUCUGGACCCCUCUCUGUACACACAGCAGCAGUGGUUUAAUUUUUUGGGUUGUGUGAUGUAUUUACUGUGCUACCUUCCCUUAUUUAAAUGAGCGCUGAUGUCUGUAAGAUUUGCAAUGACAAUAAAAAAAAACAC